AUGUCGGCAUAUCCGGUCCCGUACAACGGGUCCGAAACGGGCACUGGGGGUGACUCGUUGAGAGAGGAUCUUAACAUUUACUACAAUGCAGGAGAUAUCGCUUGGGUCAUCACAUCUACCGCUCUCGUCCUCCUGAUGAUUCCCGGAGUUGGAUUCUUCUACUCAGGUCUCGCCCGUCGAAAGUCCGCCCUCUCCCUCCUAUGGCUCUCCAUCAUGUCAGUUGGCGUGGUGUCUUUCCAAUGGUUUUUCUGGGGAUAUUCGCUGGCCUUUUCGCACACGGCCGGUGAAUACAUUGGCGACCUCAACAACUUUGGGCUCAAAGGCGUUUUGGCUGCUCCGUCGGUUGGAAGUGACAAGGUUCCAGAUAUUCUGUUUUGCGUUUACCAGGGCAUGUUUGCUUGUAUUACUGUCGCCAUCGCAGUCGGUGCCGUCGCCGAACGCGGCCGCAUGCUCCCCUGUCUCAUCUUCAUAUUCAUCUGGUCAACAAUCAUCUACGACCCCCUCGCAUGCUGGACGUGGAAUUCCUCCGGCUGGGUCUACAAACUCGGCGGCCUAGACUUCGCAGGGGGCACACCGGUCCACAUCGCCUCCGGCUCCGCAGCACUAGCCUACUCCCUGAUGCUCGGCAAGCGUCGUGGCCACGGAACCCACGAGCUCAACUACCGCCCGCACAACGUCACCCACGUCGUCAUCGGCACGGUCUUCCUGUGGGUAGGCUGGUUCGGGUUCAACGCGGGCUCUGCGCUAAGCGCGAACCUGCGCGCUGUGAUGGCUGCCGUCGUGACAAACAUCGCUGCGGGUGUUGGUGGUGUUACGUGGUGUCUGCUGGAUUAUAGGUUGGAGAAGAAGUGGUCGACUGUUGGGUUUUGUUCGGGAGUGCUUUCGGGACUGGUUGCGAUUACGCCAGGGAGUGGGUUUGUGACGCCGUGGGCGUCGUUUAUUUUUGGGGUUGUGGGCGCUGCGUCUUGCAAUUAUGCGACCAAGUUGAAGUACUUGUUGCGGGUUGACGAUGCGCUGGAUAUUUUUGCGGUGCAUGGGAUUGGGGGUAUUGUGGGGAAUAUUCUCACGGCGUUUUUUGCUGCUGAUUACAUUGCUCACCUCGACGGCUCGACCAAGAUUGACGGCGGCUGGAUCAACCACAACUACAUCCAGCUGGGCUACCAACUCGCAGACUCGGUGUCUGGCCUCGCAUACUCGUUUGUCGGCAGCUGUAUCAUCCUUUUCCUCAUCAACCUCAUCCCGGGCCUUGGUCUGCGUGCCCCGGAGGAGAACGAAGUCAUGGGAAUUGACGAUGCCGAGAUUGGAGAGUUUGCUUACGACUACGUCGAAAUCACCCGCGACGUGAUCAACGGUGUCGACGAGGGUGCGUCGAGGCACACUGUCACUCCGAUCGAGGGCAAUAGCACGGUUGAGACUAAGGUGGUUGGUGGUGCAUAG